CUCGACAUACACAAAAAAAUUCGAAAUUUCGAGAACUCUCUUGUGCCUUCUUCUUCAUCUUCCUCUGUUUUUAAAAAUGCAAUCAAGCAGAUUCUCACGAUACCUAAACCAAAUCCAAUUCAAUGGCGGAAGAAGCAAAAUCCAAAGGAAACGCAGCUUUCUCUUCCGGCGAUUACGCCACCGCAAUAACCCAUUUCACAGAAGCAAUCAACCUUUCACCAACCAAUCACAUCCUCUACUCAAACAGAUCCGCUUCUUACGCUUCUCUCCACCGUUACGAAGAAGCUUUAUCAGACGCGAAGAAGACUAUAGAGCUUAAACCUGAUUGGUCUAAAGGAUAUAGCCGAUUAGGUGCUGCGUUUAUUGGAUUGUCCAAGUUUGAUGAAGCGGUUGAUUCGUAUAAGAAAGGAUUAGAGAUUGAUCCGAGUAAUGAGAUGCUUAAAUCGGGAUUAGCUGAUGCUUCGAGAUCUAGGGUUUCGUCAAAGUCGAAUCCUUUUGUUGAUGCGUUUCAAGGGAAGGAGAUGUGGGAGAAGUUGACGGCGGAUCCGGGGACUAGGGUUUAUUUGGAGCAGGAUGAUUUUGUUAAGACGAUGAAGGAGAUUCAGAGGAACCCUAAUAAUCUUAAUUUGUAUAUGAAGGAUAAGAGAGUUAUGAAGGCUUUAGGGGUUUUGUUGAAUGUGAAGUUUGGUGGAUCUAGUGGUGAAGAUACUGAGAUGAAGGAGGCUGAUGAGAGGAAAGAGCCUGAACCGGAGAUGGAACCUAUGGAGUUGACGGAGGAGGAGAGGCAGAAGAAGGAGAGAAAGGAGAAGGCUUUGAAGGAGAAAGGGGAAGGAAAUGUUGCUUAUAAGAAGAAGGAUUUUGGGAGAGCUGUUGAACAUUAUACUAAGGCCAUGGAGCUCGAUGAUGAGGAUAUUUCGUAUUUGACGAAUCGUGCUGCUGUUUAUCUUGAGAUGGGGAAGUACGAGGAGUGCAUUGAAGACUGUGACAAGGCUGUUGAAAGAGGCAGAGAACUUCGUUCUGACUUCAAGAUGAUAGCAAGAGCUCUGACUAGAAAAGGAUCUGCUCUAGUGAAAAUGGCGAGAUGCUCGAAAGACUUUGAGCCUGCGAUUGAGACUUUCCAGAAAGCUCUUACAGAGCAUCGUAAUCCAGAUACAUUGAAGAAACUGAACGAUGCUGAGAAAGUCAAGAAAGAGCUGGAGCAACAGGAGUACUUUGAUCCUACGAUAGCCGAGGAGGAGCGAGAGAAAGGUAAUGGAUUCUUUAAAGAACAAAAGUAUCCAGAGGCAGUGAAGCAUUAUUCAGAAGCAAUCAAAAGAAACCCGAACGACGUGAGGGCAUAUAGCAACAGAGCUGCUUGUUACACAAAGUUAGGAGCAUUACCAGAGGGAUUGAAAGAUGCUGAAAAAUGCAUUGAGCUGGACCCAAGUUUCACGAAAGGAUACAGUAGAAAAGGAGCUAUUCAAUUUUUCAUGAAGGAAUACGAUAAAGCUAUGGAAACGUAUCAAGAAGGGCUAAAACAUGAUCCUAAGAACCAGGAGUUCCUUGAUGGUGUUAGAAGAUGUGUGGAACAGAUAAACAAAGCGAGCCGUGGUGAUCUGACUCCAGAAGAAUUGAAGGAGAGACAAGCAAAGGCAAUGCAAGAUCCUGAAGUUCAGAACAUAUUAUCGGAUCCAGUGAUGAGACAGGUACUAGUGGACUUUCAAGAGAAUCCGAAAGCUGCACAAGAGCAUAUGAAGAACCCAAUGGUAAUGAACAAGAUUCAGAAGCUGGUUAGUGCCGGAAUUGUUCAGGUCCGGUAAAUUGGUUAUGCUAAACCGGAGUGGUAUAUUGAAUCAAACCGAAGAUGUUUCCAAAUUUUCACUGCGUUCUUUUGGGCUUUUGUUAAACUGAUGAAACUCUGAUUUGGUUUGGGUCAUGUUUGAGGAGUUGUUGUAGAAUGAAUCAAGUCUGUGUUCUCCUAGUUUUAUAUGCUACUUCUUCGAAUUUUCUCAAAAGAAUCUUCAAACGAAAUUUAUAAUUGCUGUCAAAAAAUUUUAAAAAAAACUAUAAUUCUUUUUUGGUCGAAAAUUAUAAUUUAAAAGUCAAAAGCUGUAAAAUCUUUUUUGUUUUCUACAUGUCUCUUUUACAGAGGAAUAAAAGUCUUUUUAGACGGGCCUCACGUGCAUUGCACACGUUAUGGUGACUAAGAAAUUGUGCAAUAAUCAGAUUGUGUUGAAUUUUCUCUUCCACUUUUCUUUAAUACAAAAUAUAGUUUAAAAAAAUAUAUAUAUAGAUUUUUCUCUAGUGGAACGGUUUGUGGAAAGUAUUUUAAGAUUUAGAUCUUAAGAUUUUGUUUGCCCAAAAAACAAAAACAAAAAGAUCUUAAGAUUUUAAAAUCUAUGAAAGUUUAGGAGUUUUAAUUUUAGAAUUUAAGUUUCAGAAUCUAAGAUAUGUAAUUUUCCUUUGCUAACUGAAAAAACAUAAGUAAUAAUUUCUGAAUUUUGAUUUAGAACAUAAAACUAUUUCCCAUAACUUUUUAUUUUGUUAAUUAACGAUUAUUUUCAAAAUUAUGACAUGUUCCUAAUAAAUACUAUUCGGUUAAUCGGUUCACUACACAAAUCACAAAUUCGUAAGGGGAGGUGUACCGAUGGUUAACCAAAUUACAGAG